UAUUAGUUACACUAUUUUUAUUUACGGUAUGUUUUCACAUGCUAGUGUACACAAAACUUAUUUGCCCUAGCUAAAAGAAGGUAGAAGUAUUAGAUAGUAUACACACAACUUUCAAACCGAGAGAGAGUAAGAGAGAUGGUGAACGUAGUGAGUUUAUACCUGUCCAUUCUACACUAUGUGAUGAAGUUAGCAGGAAUGCAAUCCAAGGAAGUAGAGAUCGAGCCAGGAACCGUAAUUCGAUUCUGGGUUAACAAUAACGACAAUGACACGAAGAAGAUGAAGAAGAAGCCACCUCUAGUACUUAUCCAUGGAUUUGCAGGAGAUGGGUUACUAACAUGGCAAUUCCAAGUUUUAGCCCUAAGAAAUAAAUAUUCCAUUUUUAUCCCUGACCUCCUCUUCUUUGGUGGGUCCUACACAAGCAAAACUGAUAGAUCUCCAAAGUUUCAAGCAGAGUGUUUAGCAAUAGGGUUGAGGAAGUUGGGUGUUGAGGAUAAAUGUGUGGUGGUUGGGUUUAGUUACGGUGGGUUUGUUGGGUUCCAAAUGGCGCAACACCACCCUCACUUGGUGGCUUCAUUGGUGGUUAGUGGCGCGGUUGUCUCCUUGUCGGAGUCUAUUAGUAGUAAGUGUUUAGAGAAGAUAGGGUUUUCUUCUUGGCCCGAAUUGUUAAUGCCUACUUCUGCUGAAGGUGUUAAGGUUCUUCUUGAUGUUGGUUCUUCCAGCUUGACUUGGAUGCCUAAUUUUGUCUAUAAACACUAUUUUCAGGUCAUGUUUGGCAAUAGAAAGGAGAGAGUUGAACUACUAGAAGCUCUUGUGGUCAAUGAUGAAGAUGACAGCGGGCCCACCCAUCAAUUUCAACAGAGGAUAUACCUACUAUGGGGAAAUGAAGACAAAAUCUUCAACAUGGACAUGGUUAACAACCUAAAAGAAAAAUUGGGAGGAAAGACUGAGCUUCACGUUGUAAAAGAUGCUGGUCACCUAGCUCUAAUGGAAAGUCCCGUUGCCUUCAACAAAUGCCUCAUCAAAAUACUAGCCUCCUUGGCUAGCUCCUAACGCCUAAGUCUUGUAAUAUAUAUUUAAUUAUGACCUAGACAUCUUACAUGUCCAAAAGAUCGAUCUAUUCCUGUAACGCCAAAUUUUAUGUAACUUGUAACUCCUAAGCAUAUACCGAUAUACGUACGUAGUAUGUCGUACACUCGUACUAUGUGCCAUUGAAGUAUGAUGGAUUUAUCAACUAAUGUCCAAAAGAAAGAUCGUGCACUUGUUUGAUUA